UACCUCUCCCCUUUCCUGUCUGAUUUAGGGUUUCUCCUAAAUAUCAAUACUCCCUUCCCUUAAUCGAUCGAUGAUUUCUGCAAUUCCUCUGUUUUUUCUGUAAAUUUGAAAUCAAUUUCAUCAAUUAUGUUUGUAGCGUCUUCUCCGGUUACUACUUGCAUCCAAAACCUGCGUGUGUUCGGUCCUGGUUUGAAUCCCUUUGCUCCUUAUUGCAUCGCUAAUCAUUCCCCUGCUUCUCGCUAAUUUCUUCCCACCCCUCUCUUUUCCUUCUCUAUCAUGUAAUUCCUCCCCACACUCUCUCCUUCUAGUUAUCGUCUUCAGCUUUCGGGGAAUUAGUUACUUUUUCAAGAAAAAAAAGAGAUCUAACCCUUUGUGAAAUUUCAUUUUUUCCAACAGUAUCAAGUAUUUCUUCGCCUAAUCAAUCAAUCGAUCUGGUCUGUGAUUCUCUUUAUUUACUUGGUUUUACAAGAAAAAACAUAUACAUCUGCAACGAUAUUGGUUGGCUUUUGUUAUCGAGUCGAAGAAUAUGACCCAAGGGCGGUCUUUGCGGAGAAGUUUGUCAAGAAGGCGCUCGUUUAAGUGUGGGGUUGAUAGGGAUGAUAGAGGUUGGACGUUGCUCCACAUCGGAGCCCGAAAAGGUGACCUCGAUAAGGUCAAACAACUUGUCAAUGAAGGGAUGGAUGUAAAUGUGGUUGCAUGGGGCCCCAAAUCCCAAGGUAUCACCCCACUCCAUCUUGCGGCUGAGGGUGGCCACCUUGAAGUUAUGGGUGAGCUGCUUGAACGCGGUGCUAAUAUUGAUGCAAGAACUAAGGGUGCCUGUGGUUGGACACCACUUCAUGCAGCGGCUAAAGAAAGAAAGAAAGAAGCAGUGAUGUUCCUGGUAGAGAAUGGGGCAUUUCUGCCAGAUGACAUUAAUGAUUGCAGAUUUAAUCCGCCGCUGCAUUACUGCCAUGGCCUUGAAUGGGCCUAUGAGGAGAUGAAGCGACUUCAAAGAGAUAGCUCUUCGGCCCGGGAGACAUCAUAUAGCUCUGAAAGUUGAUGCUCCUAUGUUUGGAGUUUUAAGAAGUAUUGGCUUAUUAAUAGAUGUUGGAUGUGUGUUUGCUAUCUGGUUUGGUUUUAAACACUUUCAUUUGCAUAUGAAUAUGAUGGCAUGAUGCCAACCAAUGGACUAGUGCAUAAGGUUGAUGUUUGAACGUCAAACUUUUACUACUGCAAGAACUUGAGCAUCUUGUUUU